CUGUCAACCACACCUUGAACUCAAUCUGCUGUACAACCACUGCCACGACUUACCUCCCUUCGCCCUGCCCUACCGCUGCCGCCAACAAACGCUUGCCAAUUCAGUAAUUCCUGUACAACUGCAGCCCUACUUUUGGACGGCCAAGUCGCCAUUGAAUCACCCAUUCGUCAUUCCCAAUCGCUCCAUAACACGUCAACCACCAAAUCCGUCCUUUCAAUAUGUUCUACGUCAUGUACCUGACAGGUCUUUGCCAAAGGCGCCACUGGCCCGACCCACUCUUCCAGACCUUCCGCACACGCUACGGCUACGGCUCAACUGUACGAGUAAACAACCGUGAAUACUCUACAGAUGUUGAGUAUGAAUCCGAGGAGCUAGCCAAGAAUGCCGCCGCUACCAGAGCCUACAUGAUUUGCCGCAACUUUUCGGUAAAUGAUGGAAUGUACCCAGGACAACGACCCGGCGAGGGAGCUCAAGGCCUCCCAACCCCAAUUGGAGCGGGCCGACGGAAUACGACCUCAUCCAACGACUAUGACAGCUCAAGUACCAUCAGUGGUGGUACGAGCCCUAGGAGUUCCGAUUGCGGCCUUGACGCCGCACAAGCGGCUGCCGCGGGACGACGACCAAGCAAAGCUUCCGCUACGCCAUCUACUCCAUCUGCAUGCUGCUGCGGACGCGGCUACGUCCGAGCCUAUGAGCGGUGCUCAGGCUGUCUCCAGGAUGCUGGUUACCGGGUGUAAAGAAGGAAAUAUACCUAAACGAAAAAAAUAAAACACUCCGAUGGAUCACGACACCAACCAACAUGGCCAUCAUGAUAAUCAAAUACUUAAGCAACAACGAACGACACAAGAUCUUACGAAA